AGAAAAUUAUGACAGGUUUUGAGCGGAGAGGUGACAAUUAUUGCAGCUUUGACUCUUGAAAAUGGACUAAUAUCAAUGAGAGAAAGACUUGCAUUCACAUAGCACCUUAUACAAGCUCAGCCCAUUCCAAAGGCCUUUGUAACCACAAUCAGCAGUGACCAGGUCAUCGGUCGGGCUCAUUUUGGUUGAGAUCUAUAAAUACGAGCGCAGCAGCAAGUAACAACACAACAGAGAGACAGACGGUAUGCUCCUGAGUGAAAGUGAGGUGAGAAUGAGAAUGGCGUCUGUCACUGGACGAUCUUUCAUCACACUGAGUGUAAUUUUUGCUGCGGCUGUUGCACCGAGUGAAUUGACUGAAGUGCCCUUCACUGAAUCCCUCCACACCCCUGGUGUGUCUGAAAAUACAUCAGCUACGCUGGAGCCUAUCACAGGAGAGCACAGAGGUAAUCCCGAGACACCGAAGACGUUGAGAGUGAGGCAGCAGUGUUACGAAGGUGGUCAGAGCUAUUGUAUGAAUGGUGACUGUAGAUACCAUGAAGAUCAGGAUCAAAUCACCAAUUAUCGCAUCUGUGUUUGUAAACCAGGCUACAUGGGAGAGAGGUGUGAGCACCUCACGCUAACGACUCACACUAGCCUGGAAUCGGAACGAUACUUAUACAUCUCCAUUGCCAUUGGGAUUGGCUUGGUCUUCAGUGGUCUCACUGUCCUUCUUUACUGCUGCUGUCGAAACAGGUGUCAGAGAUCGAAGUCAAUGUACAACAAAUGCUGUGAGGAGGCGAGAGUUUGACCUUCUCUGUGACUGAUUCCCAUGACCAGUGACAAAAUAAUCCUUGGUGCUUUUAUCGACGAACGGCAUUGAGCUUUGGUGGAACUUCUUCAACACCAAGAAAUAACUUACAAGAGACCUCUGUCUGUUUGUGUCAACAUGAUGUACUUACAUAGCUCUGGAAGAACAAAGCAGAGCAUUACUUGUUGGAUUUGUGGCCUUGAGCUCCUUAGUCAAUGCAGUGAUAUUUCAGAAGGUCCUAUGUCAAUAACGAUGAGACUAAUUACAGUCUGCACACCAACUUCAAACAGCAGGCUGACUGCCCAGAACAACCCUCAUCCAGGUUCCUUUCCUGGUCAUGUUGGUCACAGAAGGAGACUCGGUCCAGAUUGAAACCGGUUCCCAAACACUAUCUGCCCAUUCUGCCAGAAAGCCCACUUUUGGGUUUCUGUUGGAUGAGACUGACUUUUUGAGGCCUAAGGUUUGAUUUCCAGUUGCCAUGUGUUACCUGACCCCUUGCUCCUCGUGGACUGAAGAGAAAACAGGCAAAGCUCCAUCUACAGAAUCCUGAAAAUGUAACACAACAGGAUGGCCGUCAGCCCAGAAACACUCAAGGUGCUCAACCAGGGAAAAUGGUAUAAGAAGAGGCCAUUCAACCCAUCAAACCACUUCCCUCCAAUCAUUUAGAUAAUGAUCUGUGUCUUAAGUCCAGCUAGCACAGUCCCCUCACCCCCUUGUUUCCAUAGUCCUUAAGAUCCUUACUCAAUAAAGGUUUUGCCAAUCUUGGUUCUGAAAUUUGCAACUGACCUCCAAACCCUCUGACCU